ACGUGGGCAGGCCAUAGGGGAAGGGGGAGGGGGCGAACUUUGCGCCAUCAGCGGCUGUUGAUUUUGUUUUGUUUUUCUCCUCUUUAGUCAGUUCAGCCGUGAGGAUAUGAAAUUGUGAAAGCGUUUUGGUCACGUAGGUCCAGUCGUAGACUGAUAACGAACAUAUUUGUCAUGAUUGAUCGCUAUCUUUGAUUUUUUUUUUCAAAUGGUCUAUGGUGAAGCCUCAGUCUAUAGUGCAACAGUUGAAUCAUGGAGGCCACAAAAAUAUCUUCCUGUGUGAUUGACAUCCAAGGGAUGAAAUGCCAAAAUUGUGUGCGAAAUAUAGAAAAAACUAUUGGUGGGAAACUAGGCAUAACCAGUGUAAAAGUUUAUCUUGAAAAGAAAGAAGGAACUGUGCAAUAUGAUGAAGAAUUAGUCAACCCAACUCAAAUUGCAGAAUUUAUUUCGACAAUGAAAUUUCCAUCUAAAGUCAAACCAACUGAUAUUCUCCUUGACUCCCAGCAAGAAAAUGCUACCGUAAACAAAAUCUCCAAUGAAGUGCAAAUAAUAAAGAAUUCUGAUAAAAAUCCAGUCCUUGUUCAAAACCAAAAGUGCUAUAUUCAAAUCAGUGGAAUGACAUGUGCAUCAUGUGUUGCAGCAAUUGAAAAACAUGCUCUUAAAAUGAAUGGUAUUUCCAAAAUUUUGAUUGCUUUGAUGGCUGGCAAGGCAGAAGUCUUCUAUGACAAGUCCCUAGUGUCACCAUCAGCCAUAUGUGAUUGGAUCACUACUUUAGGUUUUCCUAGUAACCUACUGAACGACACUGAUACUGUGAGAAAUAACGGUGUCAUUCAAGAAAAUGGAAAAACUCAUGUUGAACUACAUAUUGGUGGUAUGACAUGCUCAUCUUGUGUCUACAACAUUGAAUCCCAUGUAGCCAAAAUGGAAGGAGUUUUCAAGGCGAGGGUUGCGUUGUCAACCCAAAAAGGAAUGUUUACUUUCGAUCCAGAUCGAAUUGGACCACGGCAAAUCAUCGAUCAAAUAAUUAGUUUGGGAUUUGAAGCUUCACUAGUUAGUCAAGGCAUGGAGAGGUCAAUGUCGCAUUUGGAUCAUCGAGACGAGAUCCGACGCUGGAGAAAUUCUUUCUUGGUGUCACUCAUAUUCGGUCUUCCGUCCAUGAUUGUUAUGACUUAUUUUAUGAUCCGGAUGGAAGAGGAUGAACACCAUCAUACAAACAUGUGCUGCGUUGUUCCAGGUCUUUCUUUAGAGAAUUUAUUACUCUUUAUUCUUGCCACACCCGUGCAGUUUAUCGGUGGUAGGCAUUUCUACGUUGCUGCUUAUAAAGCUAUUCGACAUGGAACAACUAACAUGGACGUUUUAGUCAUGUUGGCCACGACGAUUUCAUAUGUUUACAGUGUUGCUGUCUUAAUAGCUGCAAUGGCAACUUUACAAUCAACAAGUCCAAUGACGUUUUUUGAUACCCCUCCUAUGCUUCUUAUCUUUGUCAGUCUUGGACGUUGGAUGGAGAGUGUAGCUAAAGGUAAGACGUCUGAAGCCCUCGCAAAGUUAUUAAGCCUUCAAGCGACUGAAGCAACAUUGGUUGAACUUGGAGCCGAAGAGGAGGUAACUAGCGAACGGAAUAUCUCUGUAGAACUCGUUCAGAGAGGGGAUAUUCUCAAGGUCCUGCCUGGAGCUAAAGUACCUGUUGACGGAAAAGUUAUUAGUGGCACUUCAACCUGUGAUGAAUCAUUAAUCACUGGCGAGUCGAUGCCUGUGCUCAAGGGAAAAGAUUCAUUGGUGAUUGGAGGUUCAGUCAAUCAGCACGGGCGACUUUUUAUGGUAGCAACACACGUCGGACAGGAUGCAACUCUAGCUCAGAUCGUUCGCCUUGUAGAAGAGGCACAGACCAGCAAAGCACCCAUCCAGCAGCUUGCUGAUAAAGUGGCGAGCUAUUUCGUCCCCAUGGUCGUUUCUGUGUCUGUAAUGACAUUAAUUGCCUGGAUAAUUGUUGGGUUUGUCAAUGUAGAUCUUCUUCCUGUUUCUGACAUGGAAAGAGAAGCUUACAGCCAAGCGGAGCUCACGUUCCAGUUUGCUUUUCGUUGUGCAUUGACUGUCCUGUCAAUCGCUUGCCCAUGCUCGUUAGGCCUGGCCACACCUACUGCAGUAAUGGUUGGAACAGGAGUUGGUGCUACUAAUGGCAUACUUAUCAAGGGAGCCGAGCCACUUGAAAAUGCGCACAAAGUCAAGACUGUCGUCUUUGAUAAAACGGGGACCAUUACACGAGGAUUUCCGAUGGUAACAACCAUUGUCCAGUUGGUUGAUAAUGCCGUCUUUUAUUUGCCAAAAAUGAUGGCUAUAAUCGGAAUAGCCGAAACCAACAGUGAGCAUCCAAUUGCUUCAGCCAUUACAAAAUUCGUCAAAGAAGCCCUCAAAACAGACCUAGUUGCAAAAUGCACCGAUUUUCAUACUGUUCCUGGUUGUGGCCUUCGGUGUCAGGUGUCCAAUCUUGACGAGAUGGAGAAAUCUUUCCUACAGUCACCUCUAGCUCAAGAGCGAUUGAAAGGAUCUUUAGGUAAACGUGAUCCUGGCUCACUGGCCUCUCAGGUCGUCAUCGAUACUUCCAUGCUGAAACCAACUUUAGUGGCACUAAAUCGUUCCGAUAGCAGUAAAAAUUCAGCUUUUGAUGUUUUAAUUGGUAACCGUGAGUGGAUAAGACGAAAUGGUCUGGACGUGCCGACCGAAGUAGAGUCCAAAAUGAUUGAAAUGGAGCGAAUGGGUCAGACUGUCGUGUUGUGUUCUAUUGGUGGUAUUUUGGUAUGCGCUAUUGCUGUUGCCGAUACAGUGAAACCAGAAGCUCACCUUACUGUUUACACGCUGAAAAAAAUGGGUCUCAAUGUGGCCCUGCUCACCGGAGAUAACGAAAAGACUGCCAAAGCUAUAGCCCGUCAGGUGGGAAUAACGAAAGUUUAUGCUGAAGUUUUGCCAUCGCAUAAAGUAGCCAAAAUUCGUUCGCUUCAGGAAAAAGGCGAAAAGGUGGCAAUGGUAGGUGACGGUGUCAACGAUUCGCCAGCUCUAGCUCAGGCGGACGUGGGAAUCGCCAUUGCGUCAGGCACUGAUGUUGCCGUCGAGGCAGCUGACGUAGUACUCAUUCGUAAUGACCUACUGGACGUGGUGGCUUGCUUGGACCUUUCCUAUCGGACAGUUAAACGGAUUCAUCUCAACUUUCUGCUUGCCUCCGUCUACAAUUUAGUUGGCAUCCCAAUUGCAGCGGGAGUCUUUUCUCCCCUUGGAAUUCAUCUGCAGCCCUGGAUGGGUUCUGCUGCCAUGGCACUGUCAUCCGUCAGUGUGGUGUGCUCAUCUCUACUGCUGAAAUGUUAUCGAAAGCCAGCGAAAGAGAAACUGGAAACGUUUGCCUAUUUAAAAGCUAAAGAUUCACGAAAUCUUUCUAUAAGUGAUGGCGAUGAUCUUGACGAUGAUCUUUCCUUUCAAGGGGAAAUGACUUCCAAAAAUACUGGAUCAUUUUCUGCCAUCAAUAGGAUUUUACGUGUCAAACCGACCCAUUCUUUGUUGGUGCCAACAACCGACACAGAAGACGUCGAAAUGGGUGAUCCAGAGUCCUUUCCUCUUCGUAAGAUGAUUAGCGCGUAAUAGGAGGAUUUUACAAUUUCAUAUGUAAUGUAUGAAAUUUUUUUUUUCUAAAUUCUGGGAAGUCUAUAAGUCUUAAAAUAAGGUCGAUAGCAUAAGCGAUAGACUAUAUAUAUAUAUUUUUUGAAAUUCUAAAGAACAAGUGCUCUUAACGUGGGCUGCACAAGCUUUUUCGUAUCGCAUUCUCCUGUUUUCCCAACGUUUCCCGUUAAAAAUUUUUGCUCGCCUAUGUUUUGCGCGUUAACGACCAUAUUAUUAGAAAGUUUUGCAAAGUGUAGUUGAAAUUGUGUACUAUGUUUCCGAGUUCGAUGAAAAUGUAUCGAAAAGGGCGUUAAA